AAUAGCGCAAGCGCGCAGUACGCAACAAACUCGGCCAAGAGCCCUCCAAGCGCAAGUACGCCGGUCUCGCAGCAGUUUUCAUCACUUCAUUACUUAUCGCAGGCACUAGCGCUGGUCGCGUAAUUUCCCUACCAGAGCCCGUAACUGCGCGUGUUUCGCAAGUUACGAAGGUCUUUCUCACUAGUAAGCCAAGCUGCAGAAUCGCCUCUGUGACAGAACGGAAAUCAUCUGUGCAGAUGGAAGGUCAGGACAAAAAAGGCAUGUCUCUAGCGGAGACGAUGGAGAAAUACAGCCAGUUUGAAGGGAGCACUCCGCGGGAGAAGCUCAGGAAUGCAUAUGCCCAGCUGCGAGCGCAGAGUACGGUACCACCGGAGCCAAGCGCCACGCCAUCUUCGGUGGGUGAGGCUGGCGACAUCGAACCAUCGCCCGUGGCUUUGCCCGAAACCGCCGCCCCACUCAGCGUGAGGAUCGACAAACCCUCAGCCAUUCAUCCUGAACAUCAUUCUCCCGUAGAACCCCCGCCUGUCAUCCCCUCGCCCCCCCUGGAACCUGCACACAUGGACCCCACGCAGCUUCACGAUAUACAACACGAUAUGCAACACGAUGUACAAACUAUUCAGCCACAUGCAUUGUCAGUCGACCAUUCCGAGGAGUCGAUUCCAGGAUCUGUUCUGCUUGGUCCAUCGGAGUUUGCCAUCUCGCUCCCUAUGGACUCGAGGGUCAAGGAUGAUUACGAGCGAGUCCUUACGGACGAGAGUGAUUCCAUCCAGGAAUUCAUCAAUGGCACCAGCACACAAGCAGACCAGCCCGUGCGUCUACUGCCAAAAAUAAGAGAGGUGUUAGAGUGUCUGAGUAAUGUCGCCACCCAUCCCGACUUGAACGUCGCAAAACAUCUCAACGACUCGCAAGCGGACCUGCGGCAAGAGGCUUCCUGGGCGGAGUACUCGAGUGCCAAGUUCUUGCUUCUCUCCUAUCUCGUGGGGUCUACAUGUGAUCGUGAUAUACACUUGGUCAUCAUGGUGAAUGGCGAAAAGACCCAGAACGUGGUCGAGCGGUUCCUGCUCGGCAAAGGCCUCGCUUACACCCGCCCGCGCGAGGAGAUGGGCCCUGGCACGAAUGUGGAAGUGUCUCUGGCCAAGGGCCCGCUGAGCUUUGGGGUCCAGUCAACCCGCAAUGACGGCAUCGUGGAGACCUACAAAGCCCCGUCUGCAAUCAUCGCCCUGGACGCAUCGUUUGACACCAAGAUCCCCUCGGUUGAACACAUGCGGACCACAUUUGCUCGCCACGGGCAUCUGCUUCCCGUCGUCCGCCUCAUCGUGUCCAAUUCCAGCGAACAUAUCGCGCUUUGCUUCUCCAAUUUGCCCGAGCUCCCACGUGUGCGUCUGGUGUUGCAAUACACUACGCGUCUGAAGAACGCGGUUGGCGACCUCCAGGACGAUGCGCUUGGGGUAUCUGAAGACGCAGAAGAGCUUGUCUCGUAUCUGUUGUCGGACAACUUCAACGCGCACUGGUCGCUACCGCACAUUGAGCCUCUGCACAUUGUGGAUCUGGAAGCACUCCAACCCGUUCCCGAGGAGCCACCCAGCCGACCGGAUGUUGAGAAUUUCCCCAUGGCUACGCCUCUCCUGCAGAAACGAGCAUUCGUAAGUUCCCGUUCACCUGACCGCAAUGUCCCGGGCCCUAAGACAGAAAUCACACAGACGGAAGACUCCAGCGAGCAAACAUCCAAGCGACCCAGGAUGGAGGAACCGCGAGAUGCCAGCCAGCUCACCGAGUCGACCGAAUUCCCCAGCCAGACCCUCGACGGCGAGCUCCGAUCCCUGGAGAGCAACCUCGUUCAGUUCCGCAGUUCGCACGCGAACGAAGUCCAAAUACUGCAAAAGACGCUCGCUGAAACCCAGGCCCGCCUGCAAGAACGAGACCAUGUCCUCCAGCAACUGCAGCACCGCUAUGAGACGCGCACCCGGGACCUCCACAAGCUCCGCCGCGAGAGGGACAAGCUGGCCGAAGCCAAGACCCUGGCCGAGCAGCGCAGCGAGAAGAGCAAAGAGGAGCUGAGCAAGCUCAAAGACGAGCGCACGCAGCUGCGGCACGAACUUGAGCAGGCGCGCGCGGCCCUGAAAAGCGACGCCGGCAGCAUGACCGCGGAGCUGGAGACGGCUCGCGAGGAGAUCCGCCGCCUGACCAAGGAGAACAGCGGGCUGGAGCGCAAGGCGGACUACGAGGCCAAGCAGACCGAGUACACGCGCGAGCAGUACCAGACCGCCUCGAACGUCGCGGCGCAGUCCAGCAACGAGAACCGCCAGCUGCGCGACGAGAACGAGACCCUCAAGCGCAAAGUGGCCGGCGACGCCAGCCGGCUCCGCGAGCUCAACCUCCAGCACGACGAGGCCCGCCACCUGGCCCGCACCCUGGAGCUGGAGGCCGCGCUCGCCUCGCGCGAGGAUCUCCUCCGCCGGAAGGAGGAGGAGCUGCGCGAGAUCCGCAAGAACCGGCCCUCGACCCGCUCGACCAGCACCCAGCCGCGUAGCCCAAAAUGGACGGCCAGCCGGCCCACCAGCCCGGGCAUCAACAACCACAGCGGUAAUGGAUCGUCGUCGCUAAACACGCGGAGCAGUGCGCUACGCUUCAGCUCGGAGAUGACCUUUUAGCUGGGCGCUGGGCGAAUGCAUGCAUGCAUGCAUGCACCACUACUAAAUCAACCCUCAUCCGGUUG